CAUGCGUCGUGACGGACACCCCGCCCCCUGGCGGGGUGCCUUCGCGUUUGCCGCCCCGGGCAGCCAGACAGCUAGCUACGCCGCUGGCUGGAUGCAUAAUGGCCUAACAGUCAAUUCAGCAAACCAGUGAAUGCCUGAACUUCUCAGGAACACCAGAAGCUGCCCUAUACAGUGGUACCUCGGAAGUUGAACAGAAUCUGUUCCCGAAGUCCGUUCGACUUCCAAAAUGUUCAGGAACCAAGGUGCGGCUUCCGAUUGGCUGCAGGAAGCUCCUGUAGCCAAUUGGAAGCCGCGUAAGCCACAUCAGACGUUUGGGUUUCAAAGAAUGUUCGCAAACUGGAACACUCACUUCCGGGUUUGCAGCGUUCGGGAGCCAAAACGUUAGAAUCGCAAGGCGUUCGGGAUCCAAGGUACGCCUGUACUGAGUCAGACAAUUGGUCCAUCUAGCUCAGUGUUGUCUACAUUGACUGGCAGCAACUUCCCCACCCCACCCCCAGAUUUCAGGCACAGGUCUGCCACAACCUACCUGGAGAUGCUGGGGAUUGAAUCUGAAGCAUUAUGCAUGCAAAGCAAGUGCUCUGCUACUGAGAUAAACUGUGUGACCAGAUCAGUGAUGCUGUUCUUGAUGCUCAUAUUAAGGUUGAUCCAGAUGCUAAGGUUGCUUGUGAAUGUGUGGCCAAAACUGGGAUGAUCUUGCUAUGUGGUGAAAUUACCUCAAAAGCUAUCAUUGAUUACCAGCAAGUAGUGAGAGACACCCUCCAGAAGAUUGGUUAUGAUGACUCUUCCAAAGGGUUGGAUUACAAGACUUGCACUGUGCUGGUAGCCCUGGAGCAGCAGUGCCAAGAGAUCAAACAAGCCAUCACCGAGGGAAAGACUGGGGAUGAUAUUGGAGCUGGAGACCAGGGCUUGAUGUUUGGUUAUGCCACCGAUGAAACUGAGGAAUGCAUGCCCCUAACUAUCCUGCUUGCGCACAAACUUAACAUGAAGAUUAAAUCCCUGGAGAGAAAUGGAGUUCUGCCCUGGCUUCGACCCGAUGGGAAAACACAGGUCACGAUGGAAUACCGAGAUGUCGGCGGUGCACUGGAGCCAAUCCGGGUGCACACCUUGGUCAUUUCUGUACAACACGCUCCUGGCGUGCCAUUGCAGCAAAUACAGAAAGAGCUAAUGGACAAAGUUGUGAAAGAAGUGGUUCCAGCAAAAUAUCUGGAUGAGAACACAGUCUAUCACCUCCUGCCGAGUAAGGCCUUUCUAGCUGGUGGUCCUAAGGCUGAUGCUGGCCUGACUGGCAGAAAGAUCAUUGUGGAUACCUAUGGAGGCUGGGGAGCUCAUGGAGGGGGUGCUUUUUCGGGGAAAGAUCCCUCCAAAGUUGAUCGUUCAGCAGCCUAUGCUGCUCGUUGGGUGGCAAAGUCCUUGGUGAAAGCAGGCCUUUGCAGGAGAGUAUUGGUGCAGCUGUCUUAUGCCAUUGGACUGAGUCACCCCCUGGCCAUCUCAGUGUUCCAUUACGGUACUGCGGACAGAUCAGAAGAUGAGCUGCUUGAUAUCAUUCAGAAGAACUUUGACCUUCGCCUUGGGCCAAUCAUAAGAGAACUGAACUUGAAGAGUCCCAUUUAUCAACAGACUGCAUGUUACGGGCAUUUUGGAAGAGAGGAAUUUACAUGGGAACAACCUAAAAAGCUGGUUUACUAGUUAUGGGUUGCUUGCAGAUUGCCAUUUAUUGUGGAAUACAACAAAUUACUCACAGUAUCCACACAACAUUGUUGGCAUCAAAAUGCAGUCUGUAUUCAUCCCCGCAUUGAAUCUGGGUUUACCCUUUUCAGAAAAACCUGAAUAAGGUUUUUAAAAAUGUUGCACAUGACUCUCA